ACCAACAUAUCAUAGAAUAAAGGAAGAGUGUACCUUCCAAGAUAUGGUCCCUAAUCCCAAGUCUGAUCAUGAGUUAUGCAUCACCGAUGUUGCGCCAGGACUCGAUCUGAGCCUUCUGCUCGAGACUAUGCCCCCUGAUUCGACAUUUUCCUUCCCUUUGGAUGAAGUUAGGUGCCACAAGAGGAUUAGGAGGACUUAUAGUGCUGGCGAAUCACUUUCACUUGCCAGGAAGGAUGGAAGCUUAUGUUGGAUUGGAAUUAGCCGAAGCAGCAGCACUAGCAGCCUCAAUAAGCUCAACUUCAGAGACCACAUUUCGAACUACAGCAAAAGAUACCAGGUAGCUGAGGCUGUGGAGGAUGUCAUCGAGUCUGAGGAUGACCUGAACAGGGAAGAUUCUUCGGCUGAAGCGAUAAGACUCGUUCACCUCCUAGUUUCUUGUGCAGAGGCCGUGGCUUGUAGGGACAAAGCCCAUGCCUCGACUUUACUGUCAGAGCUCCGGGUGAGAGCUUUGGUGUUUGGCUCCUCAUUUCAGCGGGUAGCUUCUUGCUUCGUUCAGGGCCUGGCCAACCGCCUAUCCUUUCUUCAGCCCCUUGGGACGGUGGGUUUCUCUGCACAUUACACAGCCAAAUUCAUGGAGGUCUCAUCGGAGAAGAAGGAGGAUGCCCUAGGAUUGGUCUACGAGAUCUGCCCGCACAUUCAGUUCAGCCACUUUGUAGCCAAUUCUUCAAUAUUGGAAGCCUUUGAGGGAGAGAGUUUUGUCCAUGUGUUGGACCUGGGGAUGACCCUUGGCCUCCCACAUGGUCACCAAUGGCGUCAUCUGAUCAGGAGCCUGGCAGUCCAUUCUGGGCCGCCUCUACUGCGGCUUCGGAUCACUGCCGUCGGUCUAUAUGCGAGUAAGUUCUAUGUGAUCGGACAGGAACUUGAGAUUUAUGCCAAAAGUAUGGGGAUAAAUCUGGAGUUCUCGGUGGUGGAGAGCAGCCUUGAGGACCUUCAGCCCCGAGAUAUCACGGUCUAUGAAGGUGAAGUCCUCGUUGUAAACAGCAUUCUUCAGCUGCACUGCGUGGUGAAAGAGAGCAGGGGAGCCCUGAACUCGGUGUUGCAGAUGAUUCGCGAGCUUUCUCCAAAGGUCCUUGUCCUAGUCGAGCAGGACUCCAGCCACAACGGGCCCUUCUUCCUUGGUAGGUUCAUGGAAGCUCUGCACUAUUACUCCGCAAUCUUUGAUUCCUUGGAUGCGAUGCUCCCAAAGUACGACACAAGGAGGGCUAAGGUGGAGCAGUUCUACUUCGCAGAGGAGAUAAAGAACAUAGUGAGCUGCGAGGGGCCUGCAAGGGUGGAACGGCACGAGAGGGUCGACCAGUGGCGGAGGAGGAUGAGCCGAGCCGGUUUCCAAGCGGCUCCAAUCAAGAUGAUCGCUCAGGCCAAGCAGUGGCUCAAGAAGAAGAACAUCAUCGAAGGUUACACCGUGGUGGAAGACAAAGGGUGUCUCCUUCUCGGUUGGAACUCAAAGCCAAUCAUUGCGGCUUCUUGCUGGAAAUGCUGAACACAGCAUCAUCAGCUGGAAAACGAACUGCACUUUGAGCUCUUUUCUGAAAAACAAUAAACCCGUCUUAGUUCUAUAGCAACAAGACGGCUUUGCUUUUACUCUAAAAUAAAACACACUGCUACAAUACGAUAUCCGUAGCAGUGACUGCAACGCUGUGUGUGAACAAUAAUAAGCACAUCCGAGUCAGGUGGGAUCGAUGUAGCGAGCAUGCAAUAAAGAAGUGUGUUGGUUUGUUGUUUGCAUAAACAGACCGAAACUGGAUUUGCUUUGACAAGAUGACCCACUCCAUAGAGAGCUCCAGCAGUUUAAUUAAACAAUCAAUCAAGGCUUUACAUACAAAUGAAAAAGAAGGCAUUUUUGUCUUCGAAUAUAUCUUCCUCAAACGUUCCAAUGUGCAGCACGACAAUACCGUAAAUGCCCAUAGAACUAACAAGAAAUGGCAAAUAGUACCAGCAGA